GUUUAAUAGGAGAAAUUGGGUCCAUGUAUGAUCAAAAAGUAUAGGGCAAGAGAUGUUUGACAUUAAGAUCUACUUACAUUAAAGAACAAAUCAACAGGAAGAAGCCAGGAAGACCAUGACAUUAAGGAGAGCCCUGUCUCUUAUCUUGUAGAUCAUUCUCGCUGCUGAACAAGGAGGGAAUAUGUUGUGUUAAUGAGCGAAUAACACUCUGCGUUCUUGUCAAGUGGUUUGAAUUUCCUCAGUAAAUCCACAGAAAGGGGACAAAUAGACUUGUACAGAUGGGCAGAGCUCAGAUUGAAGUGAUUCCGUGUAAGAUUUGCGGAGAUAAGUCAUCGGGGAUCCACUACGGUGUCAUUACCUGUGAGGGAUGUAAGGGAUUUUUCCGGCGGAGCCAGCAUGGAAAGUUGAUUUACUCGUGCAGCCAACAGCAAAGCUGCCACAUUGAUCGUUCCAGCCGGAACCGUUGCCAGCACUGCCGGUUGCAGAAAUGUUUAGCUCUGGGCAUGUCACGGGAAGCCGUGAAGUUUGGGCGCAUGUCUAAGAAGCAGAGGGAUCUUUUGCAAGCUGAGAUGCAGCCUCACUUAAUUCCCUUCAGUGCUGAUACCCAAGGAGACAUGAUUGAUCUUCCCUCAUCUUCUGAGCUGCCAGCACCCUUUGUAUCUGUCUCAUGGACUGGACAUGGCAAAUGGGACACUGCCUGUUCAGCUCGGCCAUGCCCAGGGCCCAGAACUCAUCCUUUAGUCCAGAAUUGCCACCCAGAGAAACUACAGACAGAGACGGUGAGCCGAAAGUCUUAUCUUAGAGACCAUCAGCCUUACCUUGAGCAUUUAAGGCUAAACACCUUUCAAAGACUUCCUCCCUCUAUCCAGAGUCCGGAAUGUUAUGGGAGCCCAAACUUUUCCAGCUGCAUUAUAUUAGACCGUCUGAAUUCUGCUGUAGAGCUGGACCUCCUCAUGCAGAAUGUUGUAUGUGCCCACCAAGAGACGUGUAAGUUUCACCAGGAGAGUCUACAAAUGAGGAGAUGGGAAGCAUUUAGCCCAGCUGAAAUACAAAGCUUUCAACAGAAGACCCUGGACGAGAUGUGGGAACGCUGUGUGUGUCAAAUCAACGAGGCCAUCCAGUAUAUUGUAGAGUUUGCCAAACGUCUUAAUGGCUUCUUGGAACUGAAUCCCAAUGACCAGAUCGUUCUUCUGAAAGCUGGCGCUAUGGAGCUGCUCCUUAUUAGAAUGAGCCGCGCUUUCAACUGCUACAACAGCACCAUAUAUUUUGAAGGCAAAUAUGCUCCUCUGGAACUUUUCCAAUCACUCGGCUGCAAUGACCUCAUUAGCGCCAUGUUUGACUUGUGCCAUUCAUUGUGUGCUCUGAAUCUAUCUGAACAUGAAAUGGCCGUCUUCAGCUCCAUCAUUCUUCUGGAUCCAAGCCAGCCCUGGCUACAAGAAAAAGAAAAGGUAGAGCGUCUCCAUGUGAAACUAGAAUUAUCCUUCAGACAAAUGUUGAGAAGGACUCGUCGAGAAUCUAUUCUUUGCAAGCUUCCACAAAAGGGGAGACUGCUCAGCAUCUGUCAGCUGCAUAUGGAGAAGCUGAAUAUUUUCCGGCAGAUGUAUCCCGGCAUUGCGUGGGAGAGAUUCCCCCCUCUCUACCAAGAGUUGUUUGUUUCAGAGACAGAGAACCCUUGAAACAUAAUGGAGACCUGGAUUUCUCUCUGCUCCUUUAGAAGAUGUGUCCUUUUGCUCUCCACAAUUUUGAAGGCAUUCGGUUCUGUUAAUGUUCAAGAGGAACAAAGGAACCAGGAUUUUUCCUUUAAUGAACCUUCAUGCUUGAUAUCAUAUGAAAGUGCACAACUUAAUAUAAAUGAACUAAACCAAUCACUUGUUUAAGCAGAUUCCUUGUUGCUCUAGAACUGUAGCCAGGGACAGCAGAGUACCGUAUAUACUCGAGUAUAAGCCGAGUUUUUCAGCCCCCAAAAUAUGCU